CUUACUGCAGACUUUGGCUAUUUAUAUUCUAAUUAAAAAUCAUACAAGUUGUGUUUAAAUAAUAUUGUUGACAUUAGAUAUGUUGCUUAACUUCCUCCUUAUAAUAAAGACGAAGCACACCACUUUAUUUGUGCACAUAAACAACAAAAAUAAAAAUUAUAUAGAGAAAUUAAGAAGUAAGAUUGAGAACAAAAAUGGAUAUGAAGGUAUUAGAAGAAGAGUUGAAAAAGGGUUGGGAAGCAACUAGUCAACUACGAUCAUUACUACUUUUUCCACCCGAAUUAGAAUGUGGUAAUGCAAGUAGUAAUAGAGAUUACCAAAAUCAAAGCUCCCAAAAUGACAAAAUCUUGCCAUUUUUGGAAAGUCAUUAUGCCACCAUUAUCAAUUCGUUUGACUCUUCCAUUUCCAUCUUAAAGCAAUUAUCCCAAUCUUCAAAACCCUCAAUUUGUCAAAAAUCAAAAGUUGGUCAAAAAAGCAGGUCAAGGAUGAUUGAAACCUCUAACCUUGAACCUGAUGGCUACGCAUGGAGAAAAUAUGGUGAAAAGUCGAUCCUCAACACAAAGCACCCUAGGGAAUACUAUAGGUGUGGAUACAGAGAUGAUCAAAAUUGCCAAGCAACAAAACAUGUCCAAAAGAUAUCUGGUAGUCCUACAAAAUACAGGAUCAUUUACUACGCUCAUCAUACUUGCAACCCUCUCCUACACAGUAAUUUUGUCUCUCAAAUUCACGUGUCGGAUUCUUCUGAAAAAGACUUUAGCAACCUUAUAAGCUUUGAGUCCAAAAACCCUACCCAAAUCCCUAAACAAAACAUUAAUGAACCAUUUUGUGCCCUAAUUUUUCCAUCUUCCUCAAAUAAGUCAUCUAAGGAACUUUCUCCACAAAAUGGUGAAUUCCCUUCAUUGUCUAAGACAACUAAUAAUCCUCCCCCAUCCUUGGUUGAUUCAAUGAAGAACCCUAACCCACAAGUAGUAAGCAACGCGAUUAUUGGUGAUGUCAAUCAACAACAAGGUGUGGUGUUAUCACCAAGUAUGCUUAUGAGCCCAAAUUAUAUGGCUACUUCAUAUGUGGACAUAGACGGGUGCGAUUUGGCGGCGGGUUAUGAACAAUUAUAUGAUAUGGAUGGUGCAUUGCAAUUGCAAGACAUCCCUUUUGCGGAGAUGAAUGUUUCGCCAAUGUGGGAGUAAACAUAAAAAAUUUGAGCAAGAUUAAAAAGAAAGAAUGUUGUUUUAAUUAACUUGGUUUUAAAUUCUAUAUUGUUGAGCAUUUGUCCAAAUAAUAAGCACAACCGUUGUUAUUGUAAAGUGGUACGAUACAAGGGUCUUUUGGAGAAGGUUUA